UGCUUAUUAGUGCUCCCUGUCUGCCGGAUCGCAUUGUGCUCUGCUGAAUCAGUGCCUUAAGCAUCGCUCCUUAACGCCACCGGCACAAACCGCAACCGCCUGAACACUUCACCCGACAAUGGACAAACUCGCUGUCGCAUACAAAGAAAAGAUGAAGGAGAUGUCUAUGUUUUCACUCAUAUGCUCCUGUUUUAACCCAAGGCUACAAAAAAACCUGGACACCAAGACAGAAAUUAUGGAGGUGAAGCCCAUAAACAAACGGGCCUCGGGUCAGGCCUUCGAGGUGAUCCUUAAGCCACCCUCUCCUUUGUCAGAUGUGGCACACAGUAUCGCAUCCCCUCCCAAGAAGAGGGACAUCUCAUUGGAAGACAUUCAGAAGAAACUGGAGGCUGCUGAAAAUCGCAGGAGAUCUCAAGAGGCCCAGGUGCUGAAAUCUCUGGCUGAGAAACGGGAGCAUGAGCGAGACGUGCUGUUCAAAGCCAUGGAGGAGAACAACAACUUCAGCAGGAUGGCUGAGGAAAAGCUCAUUUUGAAAAUGGAGCAAAACUCAGAGAACCGCAAGGCUCACCUGGCGGCCAUGAUGGAGCGUCUGCAUGAGAAGGAGCAACAUGCUGCUGUGGUCCGCAGAAACAAGGAGCUGAGAGAAGAGCUCACAGCGUGAAGACAUCUUUUCCUGACUUCUCCUCACUCUGCUCAUCAGCUCACUUAUCCUCCUCACACACACACACACACACACACACACACACACACACACACACACACACACACACACACAGAGUCAGUACUAUCUAGCAAGUAACAUUCUCCUACACCGUUUAAAUGGUCUUGCUUGAUUUCAUAGAUUAUGACGCAGAUUAUUUUGUAAAUAUAUCAUAGGAAUUUUAGACUAAACAAGAACACACAUCAAAAUGUAUCAAACUUAUCAAAGACACGGUGUCAGCGUUUAUUUAUCAACUUAUUUUGGAUUAGAGAUCAUUUAGUUAUUUAGUUGUUUGGAAUAUUCUGGAAUUCUGGAAUAAAUGAUGGUUAGUCUCAUUGUGACGAAUGCAAACAGAGACAUACUGGGACACUUCCGGCAUCCACACACACCCACACACCCACACACUCGCACACACGCACGCGCACACUCAAACACACACACACACACACACACACACACACACACACACACACACACACACACACACACACACACACACACACAGACAAAUAUAUGACAAACCAUACGGUGUAUUUAUGCUUAUAUACAAUAUAAUCAUAACAUUGCACUUACUUCAUCUACUGAAUGAAACAACCUUGUUCAAGCUUAACACAUUCUUCAUCUGCAGCAGCACAUUGACACUCUCUUACUCCUGAGCCAACACCUGGACUUAAAAUUAAAUGCAAAAUGUUUAGUAUCUUUACAUGCUCUAUUCCUUACAAGAGCAUGUUUUUCUCAGCUUGACUUCUCCAGCUACCUAGCACUGGCUAUCAUUUUCUGAACAUAAACACACUCGAAUAAGCUUUUUUUUUCCAUCAGGACCAAAUCAUCUCAAAUGCUGUCAUUAUUCCACCACAUAUUCUUCUAUUAACUAAUAUAAAAACCUUUCAUGGUCAAAUUUCAUCCUCUGAACCUUCAGCCAUUGAAGAGGGGUGACGAAUUGUUUGAUUUUUUUGUGUGAAUUUGAAUGAGUGUUUGUGUGUGUGUGUAGAGUGUGUGUGUGUGUGUGUCCAUGUUACGGUGGCUAAGCUUCAGUGACCGUUCUCUUUGGAAGCAACAUGUGAGAUGGAAACAGAAUAUGCAUUGAAUGUUUUUAAAAAAAAGAAAUUAUUUGUUUUUUUUCCAUGGUUUCCUCCCAAAAUAUGCUUGCCUGCAUCUUCAGCUGCGUAAACUGUGUUUCCCCUCAUUUCUCUGUGUGCAAAAUUUGAUGAAUAAAGAUUUGGGGUUCUGUGAA